AUGUACUUGAUUCCUCAAAUUCUUUUAUUGUUGCAAGUUGUUCUUGCUACUUCUCCAACAAACGACUAUGCUCCAGGGAGUGUCAGCUGUCCAGGAGGUCUGUUAACUAGAGCUGCUACUGGUAUCAAUACCCAAGAGGAAAAUUACAUUACCAACCGUAAUCCAAUCACCAAGUCUGCUUUGGGUACGUUCCUUUCCAAUGCUGGAUUAACUGACUUUGACGUCUCAUCCUUCUUGAGUCAAGCACAACCUUCUAUUGGUUUGGCUUUUAGUGGUGGAGGUUAUCGUGCUAUGCUUACCGGAGCCGGAGAAUUAGCUGCUUUAGAUUCCCGUACUUGGUCAAAGGAUAAAACUUUGGCCGGUAUCUUGCAAGCUUCAAGUUAUAUCACUGGUUUAUCAGGUGGUAGUUGGUUAGUAGGAAGUGUUGCUUCCAAUGACAACUUAUCAAUUGACCAGAUUCUUGCUGAUGGAAACUUAUGGAAUAUCCAAUCCAUCUUAGAUUACUAUGGUAUCAAUGUCAUCGGUGACACUGUCAUGUGGAGUCAUAUUGCUGACCAAGUUAAUGAUAAGUCCAAUGCUGGUUUUGAAACUAGUAUCACGGACCCUUGGGGUAGAGCUCUUUCAUAUCAAUUAUUAACCAACUUUGAUGACAAGGGCGAUGCCGUCCUUUGGUCAGAUAUCACUUCGAGUUCUGCAUUUUCCACCUUCCAAAUGCCAUUUCCAAUCUUAGUUGCUGAUGGAAGAGCCCCAGGUACUUCCAUUAUUAACUUGAACUCUACAGUGUUUGAAUUAACUCCUUACGAGCUUGGUUCAUGGGACCCAAGUUUAAAGUCUUUUGUCCAAACUAAAUAUCUUGGUACAACUUUGGACAAUGGCCAAGCUACUGGUCAAUGUUACAAUGGUUACGACAAUGCUGGUUUCUUUAUGGGAACUUCAUCUUCCUUGUUUAACGAAGCACUUUUGUCUUUGAACCAAUCGGGACUUCCAUCAUUUAUCACUGAUCUUAUCAACAAGUACGUUGUUGAUCCUAUUGAAAACUCCAACGUUGAUGUUGCUGAUUAUAAUCCUAACCCAUUCUACAAGAGUACAAAUCAAGAUACUACUAUCUCUAAGGCUUCCGUGUUAAACUUGGUUGAUGGUGGUGAAGAUGGUCAGAACAUUCCUAUUGUACCAUUGCUUAACAGAAAUGUUGAUGUUAUUUUUGCUCAUGACAACUCAGAUAACAUCAACAGCUGGCCAGAUGGGUCUUCUCUUAUCAACACUUUUGAAAGACAAUUCGUUCAACAAGGUGAAAAUGUGGCUUUCCCAUACGUUCCUGAUCAAAAGACUUUCCGUAAUUUGAACUUGACUUCCAAACCGGUAUUCUUUGGUUGCGACGCUCAAAACUUGACUUCCUUAACUGAUGAUAUCUACGAUGUUCCUCUUGUGAUAUACUUACCAAAUCGUCCAUUCACCUACUGGUCUAAUACCUCAACUUUUAAGUUGGACUAUUCAGAUACUGAACGUAAUGGAAUGAUCCAAAAUGGUUACGAAAUCUCCACCAGAAAGAAUGGUACUUUGGAUUCUGAAUGGGCUGCUUGUGUUGGAUGUGCUAUUAUUAGAAGAGAACAAGAAAGAUUAGGACAAUCACAAACCCCUCAAUGCCAACAAUGUUUCACGAAUUAUUGUUGGGAUGGUACUAUUUACGAAGGGGCUGAUUUAGGAGACAAUUACAGUGAUGAUGGUUUGACCAAGAGUGCCACUUACUACAACUCCAAGAACGUUGCUGGGUUCGAUGAUGGUGCCACCAACUUGUUCAAAUAG